UUGUUGUUUGACAAAGAAACUGCCUUUAUUGUUAAUUUUGUUUAGUAUAAUAAAACAUGAAGGCUGGACCUGUGUUAACUUUCCUUAUGGUACUUCGUCUGGGUUCUGGAUAUACGUCAUUUGAAGUAAGAAUGCCAGAUGUUAGUCCGAAAAAAAAAGAGGCUUAUCUGUGUACUGCGAAGAAGCUCCCUACAAAAAACUCAUAUGCAGUAAAAUUUAAGCCUUUGGCUGAUGAAGGAACAGCCCACCAUAUGUUGGUAUUUGCUUGUGCAAAACCAAAACACUAUAAGGAAUAUUGGGAUUGUGCAAAAGACAGCCCUUGUAAAGAUUAUGAAGAAACAAUAGUCUAUGCUUGGGCCAAAAAUGCACCUGAGUUAAAAAUGCCAAAAAACGUUGGAUUUGCUAUGGGAAAAAGAGUAUGGCGUUCAUAUCUUGUUGUACAAGUGCACUAUGCUAGACCAUUAGGUGAUGAUGAGAUCGAUACAACUGGUGUAGCAGUGUACUUGACUCAUCAUAAACCGAAAUACUCUGCAGGAAUCUACUUGUUUGAAACAAGUCAAUUUGUUCUGCCUCCUAAGUCAAUAGGAAUUCAUGUGGAUGUGUCCUGCAUGUAUGAUGCAAGCCCAAUUCUACCAUUUGCAUUUAGGACGCAUGCGCAUGAUCAUGGGAGGGUUAUAUCUGCAUAUAGAAUAAGAGAUGGAAAAUGGAGUUUAAUCGGCAUCGGUAGUCCUCAGAGAGCUCAGGCAUUUUAUCCAGUCAGCAAAAAGAACCACCAUGUCAUUAAAAGAGGAGAUCGUUUGGCUGCCAGAUGUACAUUUGAUAAUCAGAAUUCCUCUGAGGUUGUUCAGCCAGGAGAAUAUUCUGAUAAUGAGAUGUGCAAUUUUUACAUGAUGUACUACACAAAAACACAUCAUCACAUUCCAGAAGGAUGCCAUCGUCAUACAUCAAAAUUAAAAUUUCCUGAGGGUUCUGAUGUGUGGCCUCCAGAUCAUAUCACUAGUACUGUACCUACUAUGAAAAAAACAACAGAACCAACAUUGAGUAGUGCUUCUAACAAUACUCAAACAACUACUCAAAAUGUCCAUGUCAGUGUAAACAUACCAAAAAAUUCAGUUUUUACGAAAACAGCCCAAAUUUUGCAUCCAAAGCCACUAUUUCAAAAUAACUGGAGCAUGGAGGCAAAAGUCGGUCCAGUUUAUGGCUUGGCAAUAGAUGCUGUACAUCGUGUUGUGUUGAUCCAUCGAGGCAAAAAGUCUCAAAAAUAUGAUGUUUUUGAUGAAGAAAAUGUUUACAUUGGACCAGAUAAACCACUCAGCGAAAAUGCAGUGUUACACCUGACACCAGAUACAGGACGUCUCGUCGAAGCAACUGCUCAAAAUAGAUUUUAUGUUCCUUACGGUUUAUCAAUCGAUGGGACUGGAAAUUACUGGGUUACUGAUAUUGCGUUGCAUCAAGUCAUCAAAUUUUCCAGCACAAGCUUCGACAAACCUGCUUUGACACUGGGAGAAAGAUUUGUACCUGGUGUCGAUUUGAAGCAUUUCUGUCAACCGACUGAUGUAGUGAUUGAUAAACUUGGAAAUAUUUACGUGACCGAUGGUUUGUGCAAUAAUCGAAUUAUAAAAUUUUCUACUCGUGGCGAACCUAUAAAAACAUGGGGAAAGCAAGGAACAGGCACUGGCGAACUGAACACGCCACUUAGCUUGUCGCUAGAUGACCAUUCAAAUCAUUUAUACGUGUGUGAUGGUGGAAACGGACGUAUUCAGCUAUUUCACACCGAUGGUAAAUUUGUAAAAACAAUUCAACAUAAAGAAUUCGGCAGCCGGUUAGCUGCACUGCACUUCAAUCCAGCCUAUGGUGGCGUCUUAUAUGUAGUGAGUGCGGAAAGCCAUGGUCAUAAGCCAAAGGGAUUCACAAUGGAUACCAAUACCGGUGACGUCUUAAAUGUUUGGAAUAUAGAUAAGGGUUUUCAGCACCCGCAAGAUAUUAUCAGCUCUGAAGAUGGCACAACAUUGUACGUAUCUGAAGUUCUUUCGAGUCAUGUGUGGAAGUUUAAAAUUACAAUUUCUAGCGACGCUUCUAUGAAGAAAGGACAUACGCAAGGUUUUCCAUGGAAGGAAAUAGAUAAAGUACAAAAAGUUAAUUCCUCAGAAGACACGGAAAAAGUAUUAAACAAAACCGUUGUAGACGAGGAUGUUACUAUGGUGCCGGCGGUUGUCGUCGUCGUCGUCCUAGCGACGCCCAUCAUACUGGUAUUUGUCGCCGCUAUUAUACAACACAUGAGAUUUAAAAGUAGACAGAAAAAAGUUUUACGACAAAAGAGACAAAAUAAACUACAUCCCAAAAACAAAGAACUUUGUUUCGGUUGUUGUGUGACUCCGAGAUAUUACUAUGACGGUAACCGAGGUUUUGAUAAACUUAUACAAGAGUAUAGUGAAGAAAGCGCCGAAGAAGAGGAUUUGUUUAGCCGGAAAGCUUGAGUGUGUUAUUUUUGUGUGUGGAAAACUCAUUUUUUAAAUUCUAAUGUAUUUACAUCUUUUUUGUUGAGUUGAUAAUUUCACGCGUUUAU